GCCGCCCGCGCCGCCAUGGGGGUGGAAGGCUGCACCAAGUGCAUCAAAUACCUCCUCUUCGUCUUCAACUUCAUAUUUUGGCUGGCUGGAGGCAUCAUCCUGGGAGUGGCCCUGUGGCUCCGGCAUGACUCGCAGACGACGAAUAUCCUCUACCUGCAGCUGGGGGAAAAGCAGGCCCCCAACACCUUCUAUGUCGGCAUCUACAUCCUGAUCGCGGUCGGAGCUGUCAUGAUGUUCGUGGGGUUCCUGGGAUGCUACGGCGCUAUUCAGGAGUCUCAGUGCCUUCUGGGAACGUUCUUCACUUGCCUGGUGAUCCUGUUUGCCUGCGAAGUUGCAGCUGGAAUCUGGGGAUUUGUCAACAAAGACCAAAUAGCCAAAGACGUGAAGCAGUUCUACGAUCAGGCGUUUCAGCAGGCGCUCAUGGCAGAGUCGGACAAGAACAACGGGAAAGCUGUAGUGAAGACCUUUCAUGAAACGCUGGACUGCUGUGGUCCUGAUAGUGUAGUAGGAGCUGUCACUCCCCUGUGGAGAGAAGACCUCUGCCCAAAGAAGGACUCCAUCCUGAAAAGCAUUAUUGAGUCCUCGAGCUGCCACCAAAAAAUCGACGAGCUGUUCUCCGGGAAGCUGUACCUGAUCGGUAUCGCUGCCAUCGUGGUGGCCGUGAUCAUG